CCGCGCCGGCCCCGCCCCGCGGCUCCGGUUUCAGCCGCUGCUACAGGGACCCCCAAGAUGGAAACGCAGGGGCUGCCCGCCGCGGAGGCGGCCCGGGCCCGGCCCGGCGCCCAACAUGGCGGCCCCGCCGCGCCGCCCGCCGCCCCGCGCCGCCCGCCGCCGCCGCCGCCCGACUGGGAGCCGGCGGCCGCCGCCGCCUCCUCCUCCUCCGCCGCCAGCACCGCCGCGUCGGGCCUCUACGUGAGCUUCCCGGUGCUGCUGGUGGAGGAGAAGCCGGAGCCCGGCGCCAGCCCGGCGCCCAGCCCCUGCGCGCCGCCGGCGGGGCCCGCGCCCGACAGCGACGGGCUCCUGCUCGUCUUCAACGUGGUGCGCGGCGCGGCCGAGGCCGGCCCGGGCGCCGGCGAAGCGGGGCGCGCCCAGCCCGGCCCGCCGCCCGCCGAGCCGCCGGAGGAGGCCCCCGGCUCGGCGGCGCCGCCGCCGCCGCCGCCUCCUCCUCCCCCGCCGCCGCUGCCCCCCGCCGGCGGCGAUGGCGGCGGGGCGGAGGACGGCUCCUUCUCGGGGACCAUCACCAUCAACAACCAGAGCCUGGUGGUGCGCAUCGAGAACGGCGUCCUGACGCUGGGGCCCGGCGCCGAGCAGGCCGCGGGCGCCGCGCCGCCGCCGCCCGCCCCGCCGCCGCCGCCGCCCCCCGCCGCGGCCGCCAGCCCCGCCGAGCCGCCGGGCGGGCCGCGGCCGCGCUCUCCGCCGGCCUUCCCCUGCCCGGAGCCGCGCUGCGGCGAGGCCUUCCCCCGCAAGCAGCAGCUGCGGCUGCACCGCCUCUCGGCGCACGGCGGCGGCGGGGAGGACGGCCGGGGAGCGGGGGCGGCGGCGCGGCCCUUCGGCUGCCCGGUGCCGGGCUGCGCCUGGUCCUUCGCCACGGCCUACAAGCUGCGGCGGCACCUGCACUCGCACGACAAGCUGCGGCCCUUCGCCUGCGCCGCGCCGGGCUGCGCCAAGCGCUUCACCACCGUCUACAACCUGCGGGCCCACAGCCGCGCCCACGAGCAGGAGGCGGCGCACAAGUGCGAGGCGUGCGGGCAGCGCUUCCCCAGCGCCGCCCGCCUCGCCGCCCACCGCCGCCGCAGCCACCAGGAGCCCGAGCGGCCCUACCGCUGCGACUUCCCCGGCUGUGAAAGAACGUUUAUCACAGUGAGUGCGUUAUUCUCCCAUAAUCGAGCCCACUAUAGAGAGCAAGAGCAGUUCUCCUGUUCGUUCCCUGGCUGUAACAAGCAGUAUGACAAAGCCUGCCGACUGAAAAUCCACAUGAGGAGUCACACAGGUGAAAGGCCUUUUAUCUGUGACUUCGAAGGUUGUGGCUGGUCUUUCACCAGUAUGUCCAAGCUGCUGAGACAUAAAAGGAAACAUGAAGAUGACAGGAGAUUUAUGUGCCCAGUAGAAGGCUGUGGGAAGUCCUUCACAAGAGCAGAACACUUGAAAGGCCACAGUAUAACUCACCUUGGUACAAAACCAUUCGAGUGUCCAGUAGAAGGCUGUUGUGCAAAAUUUUCAGCACGAAGUAGCCUGUAUAUUCACUCCAAAAAGCAUCUUCAGGAUGUGGACUCAUUAAAGACUCGUUGCCCUGUAUCCAGCUGUAAUAAAUUGUUCACUUCCAAACAUAGUAUGAAGACACACAUGGUCAAACAGCAUAACUUCAGCCCAGAUCUCCUAACUCAGCUUGAAGCAACCAGCUCGCUCACACCCAGCAGUGAACUCACUAGUGCGGGACAGAGCGAUCUCAGCAACAUAGACCUCGUAUCCCUCUUCUCCAACGUGUCUAGUAACAAUUCUGGAAUUGCAACAGACAUGGCGCUAGUGAACUCUGGAAUUGUCACGAUCGAUGUUGCUUCAGUGGGCUCAACGCUUGGAGGAAACCUACCUGUCAGUAACAAUUCUUUAAGCCAGGCAGUCGAUCCCUUGAUACUGGUGGCUAGCAGCGAUAUGCCGCAAAGCUUGGACAGUUCUCUCUUGCUGGGAACCAGUGCAACAGUUCUACAGCAAAGCACUUUAAAUUUGGAUGACGUACAGACUGUCAAUGCAGAAGCCUUGGGUUCGCUAGCAUCCCUGUCGGUGAGGAAUUCCGGUCAAGAUGUGCACGGUUUGACGUCCAGCAAUAAUUUAACAAUCGACACAGCCACUUUGACUCCUUCUAGUAGCCUCGGCGGUACCAAUGUGCCUGAGUUACUAACACCAACUAAAGUUGAACGUAAUUUGCUUCCUAGCUCGGACGUUGUUAGUCAACAAGAGGGCAGUAAAGUAGUGACGCAGUUCGUCUUCUCCAACCCUCCAGGGAGCUACAGUGCACAGAAAGAAAUGGAUCUUGGCACAGUGACUGGCAGCUCAUUUUUGGAGAGCAGUGGGUCUGCAAGAACAGACUACAGAGCCAUUCAGCUAGCCAAGAAAAGAAAACAAAAAGGGAAUGGGAGCAGCACAGGGGCAUCUGGCUCUGGUCAGAGGAAAACCAAGGGUGGUAAAGUAAGCCCUACCAACUUCUCAUCAUCCACUCCUGGCAGUCGGCUGGGUGGCAACAUAGUUUUGCCAAAUGGAGGGCUGACAAUAAGGGACCCAGCCACUGGAGCCCAGUAUGUGCAAAUUCAGCUUCUUCAGGAUGAUUCCCCGGGAGAGGGAGAUUUGCCCUUUCAACUGAGCUCUCAGUCCUCCUCGUCACAUUCUCAGCUUACAGUGGAUUUACCUGUUCACAUACUUCAGGAACCACACAAUUCCACUGAAGAUGAUGCAGGUUCUGAUAACUCUCAGUUCACUGGAAGCACAAUAAACUUACAGGAUCUGGAAUGACCAUUAUUAAGAACAGUUACUUGAAAACAAAUUGGGCAAUCAUGUCUUGACAGAGUGAGAUAACUGUGUGGGUCUUUCUCCAAGGAAAAUAGGAAAACUAGGAGUACUGGAUUAUGGUUGCACUCUUUGCAAUUUGCUAAGGACAGUUGUAGCUGAAAGAUUUUCUUAAAAAAAUGUAAAUCCCACUUGAUGUGCCUGUGUAAGAUACCCUGUCUGCCUGGUGUUGGAGAGACUGAGGCAGACUGCUGUACAGUGUUGUUUCAGGGAGAAGUACUGUAUUAAACUUCAAACUGAGGUAAUAUUUACUGUUUUCACAGGAAAGCAAGUAUUCUACAGCUAACAAGUACAAAUUUAUAAUCCUGCCCAUGACAGUUAAAACUUUCCUUCCAUUGGUCUCCUGCUGGAGCCAGUGGCAUUGAGGAAUUAAGAGCUAAAAUUUGGAAGUGUUUUCCACACACACA